AUGAGCUUGACCUCGCGAGUGUUCGGUCUGUUUUCGACAACUGCGACUUCGGACGCUGGGACCAGUGGUUUCCCUACUUCUCUCCCUCCUACACAAAUAUCCGCACAUGAAAUAGGCAUCGAUGCCAUCCGGCAUGCGCGGGAUAGAAAUGUGCUGGAGGAGGAGGAGCCCCGUCCGCCAUACCUACAUGCAAUGUUAGCCGGUGGAAUUGGAGGAACAUGUGGUGAUAUGUUGAUGCAUUCGUUGGAUACCGUCAAGACCCGACAACAAGCCGACCCGCACUUCCCACCGAAAUACACAUCCAUGACCUCGUCAUAUGCAACUAUCUAUCGCCAGGAAGGAAUAUUACGAGGGCUAUAUGGUGGUGUGAUACCAGCUUUCUGGGGCUCUUUCCCAGGAACGGUCACCUUCUUCGGCGUGUACGAGUUGACCAAACGCGCGAUGCUGGAUGCAGGAAUCAAUCCCAACAUCGCCUAUCUCUCGGGCGGUUUCUUUGCCGACUUGGCGGCAUCGGUUGUUUAUGUGCCGUCGGAGGUGCUGAAAACCCGACUGCAGUUGCAGGGCCGAUACAACAACCCGUACUUCAAAUCCGGAUAUAAUUAUCGCAGCACCACGGACGCAUUUCGAACGAUCGUCCGCCAGGAAGGUGUGUCGGCCCUGUUUCACGGCUACAAGGCUACAAUCUUCCGGGACUUGCCAUUCUCCGCUCUACAAUUUGCCUUCUACGAGCAAUUACAAAACCUCGCCAAAGAAUUUGUUGGUCAGCGGGAGAUUGGAUUGGGAUUAGAAAUCCUCACUGCCGCCACGGCUGGUGGUAUGGCCGGUGUGAUCACUUGUCCGUUGGAUGUGGUUAAGACGCGUAUCCAAACCCAACAAAACCCUCCACAGAACACCGGAUCGUCUGGAGCCAAGCACAGUGCUGAUCAUGCGCCCAAAGAAAGCCCUCGACCACAUGCCCCUGGAUCAUCUCAUUCCUCCUCAAAAACACACUCGCGACCGAUCUCUACAUCCUCACCCUCUACAUCAGUUGCACCCCCCGGUGCGCCACGGUUGGAUACAUCGUCCGUAUUUACGGGGUUGAAGAUGAUCUACCGUACCGAGGGACUUGCGGGGUGGUUCCGAGGCGUGGGCCCCCGCGGUGUGUGGACCAGCAUUCAAUCUGGAACAAUGUUGGUUAUGUACCAAUAUUUACUUAAACAAAUCGAGGCUUAUCAGGGUCUUGAGGGCUCAUCUUUGUGA